AUACAAAAGGGAGGCCAGUUGUUUGGUAGUUCAAAGCAGGAGAAACAACUGUAUCAAAUCGUCAUUUUUUGCCAUGUUUCUUUUAACUGUAAAAGUGUUUUGUUCUUCAAAGCGGCUUGUUUGAUGUGGUGGGAAUGAAAAUCGAUGUGAAAGCUUGCUUUUGUGGAAAGUCAUACAGAGGAAUGGCAUUCACGGUACAGCACAUCUCCGUAAAAGAGGAACAGUGAAUUUUUUCAGCAGAGUGCUUUCAUGAGUUUGUGGUUUAAACUAUGCACACAGCAUCAACUUCAUGUACAAAUAUUUACCUUAUACGGAGUCAGCGAGCUGUUUUAAAAGCCAUUUGCCAGCCCAUCAGAGCAGAGCUACAUGGUGUGUUUGUUUUGUCAGGAUGAUGGAGUGGAGUCAGUCGACGCCUGGCCAACGGGAUCCGUUCACCUGGUUCACAGAGUCCCAGCUUCAGUCUGUGUUGAGGAACGGCUCGGUCCCGGAGUGGUUUCACGGGAUCAUUACAAGGAAGACAGCAGAGGAACUGCUCAUGGUCAAGCCUCCCGGCUACUUCCUCGUCAGAGUCAGCGAGAGCAGAGUCGGAUACACCCUCUCCUAUCGCGCGGAGGAACACUGCAGACAUUUCAUGAUCGAGGUGCUGGAGGAUGGCCAGUACAUCAUAGUAGGCGAGAACAAGACUUACAGGACUCUGCAUGACCUGGUGGACUUUCAUCGCAUAAACCCCAUCAUGCCUUUCAAUCAGGUGCUCACACUUGCUUGUGGGCAGUCCUCAGAUCACUGUGCAGACUAUGCAGAGCUGCUGAUUGCCCCGAGACCACGAAGUUAUACCACCAGUGUGCUGCCAAACAAUCUCAGACCACCCACUCUGAAUCAGCCAGAACCAGAGGGCGACGUCCCACCCGCUCUUCCCCAUCGACCCAACAACCUGAGGAACUCUGCAAUCAUCUUCCCAAAUAGCACACCAAACAAGCUGUACCCUUGUUUGGAGAAAGAUGUCCAACGAGUCACUGCUGUUCCUCCAGCUUUGCCAGCGCCAAAUACGAGGAAGGACUUCACAGCCAAUAGCUCUCCGUGGACUCAGCCUCCUGAGGUCCCUCUGAGGAAUCCCGUUGCCCAGAAGAAGAGUACGGCCUGCGCCAGAAUGACCUCGGGGCCCGACUGCUCCCCUGCGCCCUCGGCCACCGAGAGAAAACUCUGCAACAGCUUACAGACGAUAAAGUUCCAGGAGCUGAAUUUAUCGGUCGUCACAAACCUAAAGAGCCUCAAGAAGAAAUUCCAGAAGAAGACGAGCAGCCCGCAGGAAAACGUGUACUCGGAGAUUACAGUGCCGGCUCACAGCGGCGUAGUCCAGGAGAAUGAAUACCAGGAAAUCACGGAGGAGCUCACAUUUGGUGGAUCCCCUCAUUACCGCGCAGACGUGAGACUGAACGAUCAAAGGUUACCUCAAGAGUACCUUUCGCCUCCGCCUUUUGCUCCAGGCUACUGAUGCUGGCAUUCAUUUAAAAGCUUCCCUUAAAGUAAGAAUUACACCGCAGCCCCAGCAAGAAAUAGUUAACGAGUGACCACUAGAUUAAUACAUCUAGACUGAACAUUUGUGAUGCACAGGAAGAGAAAUCAUUAAAUGCAGGUCGCAUCUUUCUUCCCCACCAAAAAGCAUGAUUUUGAACCUUAAACCACCAAAACCAUUCAGCUGAUAGGUCAGAUAGGGCAGGUGCUGUUGUACAUGUCUUGAGGCUUAAAACCCUCCAUCACUUUUAACCUUAGAGGUCAAAGUAAGUAUACUUUUAGAAACAAAAACAUAAAAAUGAUUAUAAUAAAGAUGUCAUUGGUCACCCUAAAAGAAGCUAAAUCAGCCUGUUAGCUACGCUUGAUCUAGAUCUUAAAUGUUUCAAUAUUUUCAGCUUUAAAAAGCAGCAAAUAAAAAAAAGCAACUUCCCUGAUGCCAAAUGGGAACAUAUUUCCUGGGAAAACGUUGAUUUAAACAAAAGUCCAAUCCGGACAUAAUCUGGCUAUGAAGGAUUAAACCCUUUGGACAUAGUCAGAUUAGCCGUUGCAUUCGUUCAAAUCUUUUUGCUAAGACAAUCUACAAAGUAGUGAAGCAGCACAUGUAAAUAAAGCAAGCCUGCUGCCAUUUUUAACUAUUAGGCUUUAAAACCUUUACAUAUAUGAUUUAAACUUCAGUGAAGUCAAAAAUCCCAGCAACCGCGACUUGUAUGGAUCUUAUGUCGGCUACUAUUGAGUGACACUACAGACACGUGAGUGACAAAUUUGAUAACGUCUGUUAUCAAAACUACGCAGCAAGUCUGGAAGAGAGGAAAUGAAUACUUGUCAUAAUGGUUUCACAGCCAUAGAAGUGAGUUAAUACAGUUGCUGCAAACAGUUUUCAGUGAAAAUAUCUGUACAUACCUCUGUAACUUACCAAUAUUGGCUUAAUGCAGACUUAUUUCACAUGUAUGCUUUUGACAGAAGAAAUGUUGUUAAAUGACACUAAUAAAGCACUUUAAAAUA